UCUAGUUUCUCUCUCUCUCUUUUGCACUAACCAAACUACAAGAAACCAAAUAUUGCUGUCAUUUUUCAUUGCUUUUUCAUUUUUUGUUUUUCCCUCUGAGAAGAAACUAGCUCUGGGUACGGACUGGCUAUUGCUCAGAAACCCUAAUUUUCAGGUCCCAGGCCUCAGAAAGCCUGCUCUGCUUCAAAAUGUGCAUUCAAAGUAUUUUUCUGAAAACCCCAUUAAUGCCCUUCCCUCCCUGCUUCAUUUGAUGCAAUGCUCAUUUCAUCUGUGUGUGUUUUUCUUUCUUUUUGUUUUUUGGUUUUUAGUUUUUCUUUUUGCACACAAAUUUUGACUCCCUGGCACCCUUCACCCCAUCAAACUCACUGUUCUUCUUUCUCUUGCUUUUGCUUUUGUCUUUGACUCUUUUCUUCGGCUCGAUUUCGGGUAUCUGAUUCGCCAUCUUCUAGAAAAAAGUUCCAAGUUCAUUGCUUUCAUCCACCGUCUUUCUGUUAUCUGAUUCCAGUUCCUCCACCUCACUUUUUGACUUGAUCUUGUUUUUGUGUUUUUUUUUCUCUCUUACAAGAGGGAAACGAGUGAGCAAAUCAGGGUUGAGGAACAUAAGAUGUUCGAGUACAAACGAAAGUCAGAAAGUGAGUUAAGUUCAGAAACAAGGAAUUCAUCGAGUCAAAGCUCAAUGAGUAGUGAAAGCUGUAGCAGCUUCAGUCGUCUCUCUUUCGAGCUCCCAACAUCUCGGUCUUCCCCUGAGAACCUGUCUCUCAAACCCCACCGAUCCUCCGACUUCGCUUACUCCGCUAUCCGCUCCGCCACCUUCGCCAGCAAAACCGGCCUCACUUUCCGUGAUUUCAGGCUCCUCCGCCGCAUCGGUUCCGGUGACAUCGGGACCGUCUACCUCUGCCGGCUGGCCAACGCUGAUGAAAAAUGUUAUUACGCGAUGAAGGUGGUGGAUAAGGAAGCGUUGGAGAUGAAGAAGAAAGUUCAACGUGCAGAAAUGGAAAAGAAGAUCUUGAAGAUGCUAGAUCAUCCGUUCUUGCCUACUUUGUACGCUGAGUUUGAAGCUUCUCAUUUCUCCUGCAUAGUGAUGGAGUACUGUUCAGGAGGUGACUUGCACUCACUCAGACAUAAACAGCCUCAAAAGCGCUUCUCUUUGAGCUCUGCAAGGUUCUAUGCAGCUGAAGUUCUGGUAGCUCUGGAGUACCUUCACAUGCUGGGGAUUAUCUACAGAGACCUAAAACCGGAAAAUGUUUUAGUAAGAUCGGACGGUCACAUCAUGCUCUCUGAUUUCGACCUUUCACUUUGCUCGGACGCGAUCCCAGCGGUUGAAUCCCCAUCGUCCUCUCCGGACCCUACGUCUCCGCAGAACCAACCCUGCACUCGUCCGCAACCAACUCGUCUCUCCUGCCUCUUUCGCAGGCUCUUCCGGUCAAAGAAGAUCCAGACGCUAACCCCGAGCAAGCUCUUCUUCGUGGCAGAGCCGGUCGCCGCCCGCUCACGGUCCUUCGUUGGGACGCACGAGUACGUCUCUCCCGAGGUGGCCUCAGGCGGGUCCCAUGGCAACGCCGUUGACUGGUGGGCCCUCGGGAUCUUCAUCUACGAGAUGAUCUACGGGCGUACACCUUUUGCGGCUCCAUCGAACGAGCUUACGCUGCGCAACAUCGUCAAAAGCCCGCUCACUUUCCCAACCCACCCGCCUUCUUCCCUCUCUGAGCACCACGCGCGAGACCUCAUCUCCGGGCUCUUGAACAAGGACCCUAACAGUCGGUUGGGUUCCAAACGGGGAGCCGCCGACGUCAAGACGCACCCUUUUUUCAAAGGACUCAAUUUCGCGCUCAUAAGGUCGCUUACCCCGCCCGAAAUCCCGGGGUUAAGGCGGCAAUCCACGACGACGACGUCGUGUUACCAUCCGAAGAGCGAGGAACGGUCAACCGCAUUUGAUUACUUCUGAGAAAAAAUGAAAAAAGCUCAGCGGCGACGUUUGCGCCACGUGUUCGGUGGGCUUCUGCCAGAUUUUAUCACUGGCGGGGUGACAGAUGUGUAUAUUCGAGCUGUUUGUGUUUUCUAUUCGAUGUUUUUUUUUUUUUAACUUUUGUUUAGGUUGACUUUGUAUGGAAGAUAUGCAUACCUAAUUUACGUAAAUAUAUUAUGGGAAAAAAAUAUUCAACCAAAAAAAAAGAAAUUAAUGGAUUAAUGGGUUUGAUGAGGAA